AUACAAUAAAAUUGCAAAAAUAAAAUCAAAGCUCAAAAAUGCCGCUAUUUUAGCUCCCAAUUUUUUUCUUUUUUCUUUUUCACUUUUUAGCAAAUAAUGGAAGAUUGGGAUAGACCAUUUACAGAAGAAGAACUCCAACAAAUCGACUUUGCAUUUCAAUCUGCUACAAAAAGACGCAAUAAUUCCGGCGAUGUAUCCACCGGCGGCGAUGAAUAUCGCCGGAAAUCUCGCCGGAGAUUGCCGGAAUCGCUUUUUGUUUAUCAUCAACAAAAUGAAGCUUCCAAUUCGUCUUCGAUGUUGUCUCCGUGUACUCGAAAUCGGUCUCAGUAUAGUUAUUCCUAUCGUUCUUCUCAUCAAGCAGCUAAGGUAGUGAUGCAAUACCCGGAAAUGACUUUUAAAGGACGUGUUAUAUACAGCAGAACUACUAAAGAGGUGGAGAAAUCUGCAGUAGCGCUGUUUAAUUUUGUUGAGGAAAAGAAGAGGAACGAAGGGCAUGUUGCUCUUGGAUUUGACAUUGAAUGGAAGCCCACUUUUAGAAGAGGUGUGCCACCCGGGAAGGCUGCUGUUAUGCAGAUAUGUGGUGACAAGGGUAAUUGUUACGUUCUGCAUAUUUUCCACUCUGGAAUCCCUCUAACUCUGCAAUCUCUUCUUGAGGAUCCAACUGUUGUGAAGGUGGGUGUUUGCAUUGCAAAUGAUGCUUACAAAGUUCUCCAAGAUCACAAUGUCUCUGUAAAGGCUUUGGAAGAUCUUUCUGAACUUGCCAACAAAAAGCUUGAUGAUCCCAAGAAGUGGAGUCUAGCAUCACUAACUGAGAAGCUUCUUGCCAAGCAGCUCCCUAAGCCAAGUAACAUCAGGUUGGGGAAUUGGGAGGCUAAUGUGCUAUCCAGGGAACAACUACAUUAUGCUGCUACAGAUGCCUUCGUUUCUUGGUACUUGUAUCAGGCACUGAAGAGCCUUCCUGAGAUUGUUGAUAACGAAAACUGAAGACAGGUUCCUUGCCCUCUGACGACAUGCAGCCUGAACUUCAUUAAUCUAAAGUACGCUCUACUCGAGCUUUGGCCAUGGCAGCUACUCCAUCCACUUAUACGAUGUAGUUAAGUUCCAUGUCUCACAUUGUUGUGCAAAUCCUUGUUACUGAAUCACAAUUGUAAAACCUCGUGAUAAGUUAAAGCUCUGUAGGUAAUUCUGCUGUUGUAAAAUAGAUAAAGCCCUCUACAUGAUUCUUACAAUGUAAUACCCCCCCCCCCCCUCCCCCCCCCCCCCCCCCCCCCCCCCCCCCCCCCGGGGCUUUGGUUCAAUGGUAAGAGUAACAAUCUAAAGAUCUCAGGUUCGAACAUUCA